UGCACCGACUAGAAAGUCCAGUUUCUCAAGGAAGAUCAAGAAAACAACCGGGAAUCCUGGAGGCAAUAUGGACAUGAGCAGUAAACGGUGGGCGGUGGUACCAAAUGAAGCGCUGGUACCCUCUUGCAGAGUGUUCAGCAGUAAGGAUGAGGUGCGGAGGAGCUGCCUGGAGAACCCUCUGUCUGCUGCCACUAAGGCCAUGAUAAGUAUUAAUGGAGAUGAAGACAGCGCUGCAGCACUGGGACUGCUGUACGACUUCUACAAGCUCUCUCCCAGAGAGAUGAAACAGACCUCCAGGGUGGUAAAAACCACAGAACCUGCCACCAUUGAACCUGAUAACUGUGGCAGCUUGGAGAUUCUAGAUCACCAUCUCCAGGCUCUCAGCUCAGUGCCUGUCAAUCUCUCCCUGAACAGCACCACCACAGAAGGUCAGGAUUCCAAACAUGAAACUUCUUCUCUCACAGGAAAUGGCAGAGAAGGAGAUACAGUCGGAGGCAGAGCUCUAGCUCUGGUUAACUCAGAGGGCCACAUGUCCACGGGGGUGUCCUCUUCUGGAGGCUCUUACAGAGAACAACCUGGAGAUCUGAUAAGGAUGGGUCAUGACCAGCACCGCUAUGAUUUGCCCUUUGCUGCAUACCUCAAAGAUGAACACAGAAACUCUUCAGACAGCCUGUAUGAAGAUGCUGUGGAAACAGAGAUUUACCCUGAAAGUCCGUCCUCAGGAGUUGAAGAUCUCCACUACAGCCAACCAAGUGACAGUUUUCAGUAUUGCCUGGAGGCCAGCAUGUCACAUCGGCCGCGGCAGGGGGAAGGACCCAUGGCUUACCUGAACAGGGGCCAGUUUUAUGCGUUGACGCUGUCAAAGACCUGCUGCCCAUCAUCCCUGCACCAGCCCAGAGACAGAGAACGAAUGAAUGGGCUGAAGCUGCCAGACAGGCCUGGUAUGAAAUCCAGUAGUGAGCUGCAGCAGGACAGUAUUGUACAGAGUGUUAUCAUGAUUGUUUUUGGAGAAGAGAAAUGCAGAGAUGAGCAGCUGAACAACUGGAAAUACUGGCACUCCCGACAGCACACUGUAAAGCAGAGAGUCUUGGAUAUUGCUGAUUGCAAAGAGAGCUUCAGUAUGAUCGGAAAUGUGGAGGAAAUUGCCUAUAAUGCUGUCUCCUUCACAUGGGAUGUGAGUGAAGAAGCCAAGGUCUUCAUCUCUGUGAACUGUCUAAGCACAGACUUCUCCUCGCAGAAAGGUGUAAAGGGAAUGCCCCUGCUAAUCCAGAUAGACACCUACAGCUACAACAGCUGCAGCAGCAGGCCCAUUCACAGGGCCGUCGCUCAGAUCAAGGUCUUCUGUGACAAGGGUGCUGAGAGGAAGCUUCGUGACGAGGAGAAGAAGCAGCUCAGGAAGAGGAUGAAAGGGAGAAACAGCAAAUCAGGGCUGACCUCUCCUAUCAGUAGGGCUGAUCACACGCUGUUAAAAACUGUGAUGGACCUGGACUCCCAUCAGCCUGUCCUCUUUAUCCCCAACGUCCACUUUGGAAACCUGCAGAGAGCCGGGCAGGUGUUUGCCUUCAACACUGAGGAGGUCAACAGAGACAGGAGUGUUGUUAUGAAAAUGAUGUCACAUCCUGCUGAGAACGAUGCCUGUCCACCCCAGUCCAAGAGGCCCAAAGUGGAACUGGAAAGAAAAGUUCUUCUCUAUGUAAGAAAAGAGUGUGAUGACGUAUUUGAUGCCCUGAUGCUGCACACUCCGACUCUCAGGGCAUUGACAGAGGCGAUCUCAGAGAAAUAUGCACUGCCCAUCAGAAAAAUUGACAAAGUUUACCAAAAGAGUAAAAAGGGGGUCCUGGUGAACAUGGAUGACAAUAUAAUCCAGCAUUACUCCAAUGAAGACACCUUCAUCUUGGCCAUCGUCGGCUCUGCAGACUCCUUGCAUAUCAUUCUGUCAGAGAUCUGAUGUUUGUCAGUCAAACCAUUGUUUUCACCAUGUUAUCUAAACAAAGGUGAAUACUGGCUGUAGCUUUCCACUAGCCAGUGAAGAUAUCCCGUAUGUCUCAAGCAUUCUCACAUGACAGAGUGAAAAUGUGCUCUGCACUGGAGCGAUCGUUUGUCUUAAUGGCUUACACGGAUGAUUGAAUUAUCAGCUAAUCAAUGCAGUGCCUAUUUAUGAGGAAAAAGCCUUGUUCACUUUCUUUGCAGAUCUUUACGAGCCAGAGGAAAUUUACCUCCAAAUACUAAAUGUACCAGACGUUUAUCCAGGUCAAAAAUGAGCAUUCAGAUCAUUUUCUGAAUAUUAUGAACAUCCUCUGUGUCUUCUGCCAUUUAUAAUUUUUAGAUGUAUUUGUCCUUGUGUCACGAUUGAUCCUAAUGUGAUUUGAUUCAGACAUACAUGUGUCCCAGACUGUACAGGAUGAUUAUUCUGCUACUGAACAAGUCUGUAAAUCAUCUCAGUGUUUUUUUAUCGUUUUUCACAUGUUCGCUGUUUUUCCUCUAAAUGAAAAAACUCCUUGCCUACAUGAUUCGUUUUCAAAAGUAGCUGCAGUCUGCCAGGAUGACUUUAUGUCAUCACGUUUACCUUCACACU